AUGGAAAAAAAAAGAAGAGAACAAUAGCGCUUAAACCCUAGCUUUGAUACCACAUCCACAUCCACACCAUUGCUGAAGAAAAACGAAGGAAACACAGUAACCAAUGGUGAAGGCCUAUCUCCGGUAUGAGCCGGCGGCUUCUUUUGGGGUUAUAGUAUCCGGGGAAUCAAACAUUGCCUAUGACAGCUCCGGCAAACACUUGCUAGCGGCGGCGUUAGAGAAAAUCGGUAUAUGGCAUGUAAGGCAGGGUCUUUGCACUAAAACCCUAGCCCCUUUACCUUCAUCAAACUCAAAAGGCCCCUCUCUUGCCGUUACAUCAAUUGCUUCCUCUUCUUCAUCCCACAUAGCAAGUGGUUAUGCUGAAGGAAGCAUUAGAAUCUGGGAUUCCGAGAAAGGGAUAUGUGAAACCACGCUGAAUGGGCAUAAAGGUGCUGUGACAGCCCUUCGAUAUAAUAAGCUUGGAUCAUUACUAGCAUCAGGAAGCAAAGAUAAUGAUGUUAUUUUAUGGGAUGUGGUGGGUGAGACUGGCUUGUUCCGCCUUCGAGGACAUCGUGAUCAGGUUACAGAUCUUGUUUUUUUAGAUUCUGGCAAAAAACUGGUCACGGCUUCUAAGGACAAGUUUUUGAGGGUGUGGGAUCUUGAUACUCAACAUUGCAUGCAGAUAAUAAGUGGUCAUCAUAGUGAAAUAUGGUCCAUAGAUAUUGACCCUGAGGAAAGAUAUCUGGUCACCGGUUCUGCUGACCCUGAACUUCGUUUUUACACGAUAAAGCAUGAGUUAAGUGAUGGACAAUUGAUUGCUAACAAAAGCGAAACAGAUGCAAACAAGGAAUUGCCUACUGAAAACAAAUGGGAAGUACUGAUUUCAUUUGGUGAAAUUCAGCGCCAAAGCAAGGAUAGAGUUGCAACAGUGAGGUUUAACAAGUCUGGAAACCUGCUGGCUUGUCAAGUUGCAGGGAAGACAGUGGAAAUAUUCCGUGUGCUGGAUGAGUCUGAAUCUAAACGCAAAGCGAAAAGAAGAAUCAGUAGAAAGAAGGAGAAGAAAGCUGCCAAAGAAGGCCUUGAGGCAAUGGAAAAAGGAGAGGCAGAUGUUGGAGCUGAAGGAGGCAGCAAUCCUGUUGUUACAGUCCUGGAUAUCUUCAAGCUUCAUCAGACCCUAUGGGCUGGAAAGAAGAUCUCCUCAAUUUCUUUCUCCCCAGUUACUUCAAAGAAUUCACUGGCUACCUUAGCUUUGUCUUUGAAUAAUAAUUUAUUGGAAUUUCAUGCUAUAGAAAGCAAUUCAACUAGUAAAUUGAGUGUUAUUGAGCUUCAGGGGCAUCGCGCUGAUGUCAGAAGUGUUACUCUCAGCUCAGAUAACACUCUUUUGAUGUCAACUAGUCACAGUGCAAUUAAAAUAUGGAACCCUACUUCUGGUUCUUGCCUCCGCACAAUUGAUUCAGGAUAUGGUCUCUGUGGACUCUUUGUUCCAGGUAACAAGUAUGCGGUUGUUGGUACAAAGGGUGGGACCCUGGAAUUUAUUGACGUUAGAAGUGGUACUUGUGUGGAAGUAGUGGAAGCCCAUGGUGGUGCUGUUCAGUCUAUUGCUUUAACUCCAGAUGGGACAGGUUUUCUCACUGGCAGUGCCGAUCACGACAUUAAAUUCUGGGAAUUUCAAAUGGUGCAAAAGGCUGGUGAAGGGUCUAAGCAUUUAACUGCAUCUCCUGCAAGGAGCUUAAAAAUGAAUGAUGAUGUUCUAGUUGUUGCUGCGAGCCCUGAUGGUAGAUUUAUUGCUGUUGCCUUGUUGGAUAAUACAGUAAAGGUCUUCUAUAUGGAUUCACUCAAGUUCUUUCUAUCACUCUAUGGGCAUAAUCUGCCUGUAUUGUGUAUGGAUAUUUCUUCAGAUGGGGAUCUGCUUGUCACUGGCUCUGCGGACAAAAAUGUGAAGAUUUGGGGUCUAGUUUUCGGGGAUUGUCAUAAGUCACUUUUUGCGCAUGCUGAUAGUAUUAUGGGAGUUAAGUUUGUGCGCAACACCCAUUACUUUUUUACUGUGGGGAAAGAUCGCCUGGUGAAGUAUUGGGAUGCUGACAAGUCUGAGUUGCUUUUAACCCUUGAAGGUCACCACGCGGAAGUUUGGUGUCUUGCUAUGAGCAACCAUGGUGAUUUUAUUGUUACAGGAUCUCAUGAUCGGUCAAUACGCCGUUGGGAUCGUACUGAAGAACCAUUUUUUAUUGAGGAAGAGAAAGAAAAGAGAUUGGAAGAGAUGUUUGAAUCAGACAUUGACAAUGCAUUUGAGAAUAAGUAUGGACCAAAGGAAGAACUUCCAGAGGAGGGAGCUGUGGCAUUAGCAGGGAAAAAGACUCAAGAAACUCUUACUGCCACAGAUUCCAUCAUUGAAGCACUGGACAUGGCAAAUGCGGAACUGAAGCGAAUUGCUGAACAUGAGGAGGACAAAUCAAAGGGCAGAGUUUCAGAAUUCAGGUCGAAUAUUCUCAUGCUUGGGCUUUCUCCUUCUGAUUAUGUUCUUCGUGCAUUGUCUAGUGUUCAUACUAAUGAUCUGGAGCAAACGUUGAUGGCCUUACCCUUUUCUGAUGCUUUGGACCUCUUGUCGUACCUUGAGAGUUGGACCUCUGCAAAAGAUAAGUUGGAGCUUGUUUGUAGGGUAGCAGUAGUGCUAGUGCAACUUCAUCAUCACCAAUUGGUUUCAACUGUCUCCGCCAGACCCCUCAUUACCCGUCUAGGUGACAUUCUUCCUGCAAAAGCCAAAGAAUGCAAAGAUACUAUCGGCUUCAACCUUGCUGGAAUGGAUCAUUCCGAGCAAUUGAAGUCUUUGCGGUCGGAUGCUGUAUUUCGAGAUGAAAAGACUAAAUUAUUGGAGAUACGCUCACACAAUGCGAAACGUACUGAAGAAAGGGAGGAUACAAAACAAGAAAAGAAGAGAAAGAAGAAACAAAAGAAGUCGGAUGGAGGACAUGUUUGGUCAUGACUAAUAACCUCAACUACACUUGUACCUUUCUAUAUGCCUUCACUUCUUAGUGUUCCAUCUGGAGGGGAGGGGUGGGGGUAAAAAUUUUGGUCAUACAACUUCAGCAAGUAUGGUUAAAACUUUGAUAUAAAAUUUGUAUAUAAUUUUGUUAUUGAGUUGUAAAGACACUUGUACUUGGGUUUGACACACUAGAGUCGAUGGUUUUUCGAAAACCUCUCUACCUUCACGAUGUAGUGGUAAGGUCUGCGUAGGCUCUACCCUCCCAAGAUCCUACAUAGUGGGAUUUCACUGGGUAUUUUUGUAGCCCUAACUAGCAUGUGCUUCAUUAUUACCAAUCAUAUUGAAUUGCAACAUGAUGAGUUUUAAUUUCUUAAAUGACAACAGCUUUGUACUGAUAA